AUGCGACGAUAUUCAACAUUUUGUUAUUUAGCUUGUCUUGCUCUUGUUGAUCUUGGAGUUAUAAUAACAUUUUGUGUCAAUUUUAUAUCUUUAUAUCAUUUUCAUUAUGAUAUACAAGAUGAAUCAUUUCCAUGUAAAUUAUUUGCAUUUAGCACUUAUUUUCUUCCACAAUAUUCAUCAUGGAUAUUAGUUGCUGUUAGUAUUGAUCGGGUUAUAUCAGCAAAAUAUCUUCGUUUAGCUAAAACUUGGUCAAAACCGCGACAUUCUGUAUUUGUAACAUUAAUACUUGGUUUAUUUCUUGCUGUACUUAAUAGUCAUUUUUUUCUUUAUGACAAUAAUUCAAUUAAACAACGAAAUCAACAACAAACAGAAACUCGAAAUCAACAACAACGAAUUUUAAAUAAUAAUAGUAUAAUAGAAAGAUAUUUAUCAAAUGAAUCAUUUACACAUCAACCAAGUUCAUUUUUAAUAAUGAAUAAUUUUUCAAAUGCCGAAGGAAUAGGAGGAAGUGGCGUAGCUGUAACAGUAGGAACUGGAAGCGGAGGGACAGGAAAUGAUUCAUCAUUAUCUUACGAAGCAUUUACAUCAGUUCCAUCACAAACGGUUAAUCAAGAGACAACUUUACAAGGACAAUAUGAUAAUAUAUUAACAAAUAUAAAACAAGAUUCAAUACCAUUUUUUGAUGUUAAUGUUAUUCAAUGUUCACUUGAAAAUUCUAUUAAACAUGGAAAUUUAUAUGUUUAUUGGGUUUGGAUUGAUCUUGCAAUGAAUGUUUUUAUACCAUUUACAGCAAUGAUUGCUUGUACAGUAUUAAUUAUUUUAACACUUGUACGUUCAUCAUCUCGUGCUGGUUCAACAUCAGCACGUCGUUCACGUCGUCGUCGUAAUAUAUCUGUGAUGUUAAUCACUGUCAAUCUUGUUUUUAUUAGUUUAACAGCACCUAUAGUUAUAUUUUUAAGUGUUUAUGAAUAUGUUAAAGAUGAUGCCAAUCUCUAUCGACAAACAAUAUUAGUUUUAAUUAAAAUUUUUUGUAUUAUUCUAAUGAAUCUUAAUCAUUCAAUUAAUAUUGUUAUUUAUUCAAUUACAGCAAAAGAAUUUCGUUCUGAAAUGGCAAAUUUUUUACAAGCACUAUUAUAUUGUAUUAUUGGCAAACCAUUAAAUCCAGCUGAUCUACCAUAUAUGCAUGAUGAUGGUACAUUAUUAUCACGUUUAAGACAUUUAAGACGAAAUUUAUUUAAAUGUUGUCAAAUAAAAAUGCGUUCACAUUCUCCAAAUACAACUGAUACAAGUGGUUUACAACAUACAACAACAGCAGCUGGAGGAACAAGUCAAUCUCGUUCAUCAAAUAGUAAUAAAAGAAGUAAACGUCAACGUUCAGAACGAAAUGGUAAACAAAAAUAUUCAAUGACAUAUAAUAGUGAAACAUCAACAAAUAAAAAUAAUAGUCGUCGUCUUAUUGUACAAUUACAAGCUGAUCCAAUAUCAUCUGUUUAUGAACGUGAAGAUGUAUCAUUUCAUGGUUUAUCUAUAUCAACUGAAGAUUAA